UGGGAGAAAAAAAGGUUUCUGAAGUCAUGAGACCAAGUGUGGCCGAGACCUUAUGCAAGUCAUAUGAACAUUCAUGCCUUUCCAAGCUCUGGCAAACUGAAGGGGGAACGGAUAACAAGAGAAAGGAAGAUCAAACCAUCGGAAGACAGGAGAACAUGGGAGAGGUACUAUGCGGAAAUACUUUCAAGUCUAAUUGCACAUGUUGCCAUGAAGAGAUAGAAGACUCAUCACAAGACACUAUUCAGCCUAAUGGAGCAGAGUGUGUUUUGAAGUCGAGAGAGCCAAACAAGGUGGAUUCAACGCAGCCACAGUGGUUCCAGACACUUCCGGUACAAAAAGUUGGAAGAAGACGGCAACGCCGUCUCAGUGAUCCUUCCCAGGAGCUGGAUUUUGCUGCGAGGUUCCAGUGGCAAAGAAGAGGUCUCCCGUUUGGAAAUGCUUCAUCCUACCUGAAUCUGGAGAAGCUGAGUGGGAGUUCUCAUUCCACAGUAUACAAAGGAAUCAGCAGGAUAUAUGGACAGCUAGUAGCUUUGAAAGUCAUCAGCCUGAAGACUGAGGAAGGAGUCCCUUGUACAACCAUAAGAGAAGCAUCUCUCCUCAAGGGCUUGAAGCAUGCCAAUAUUGUGCUCCUUCAUGACAUCAUCCAGACCAAAGAGACUCUGACAUUAGUCUUCGAGUAUUUGCACACAGACUUGGCACAGUACAUGUCCCAGCAUCCUGGGGGGCUUCAUCUGUAUAAUGUUAAGCUCUUUAUGUUCCAACUUCUGCGAGCCUUGGCUUUCAUACAUGAUCACCGCAUCCUUCACCGUGACCUGAAACCUCAGAACCUGCUCCUCAAUUGCCUUGGAGAGCUUAAGCUAGCUGAUUUUGGUCUUGCUCGUGCCAAGUCCCUUCCCAGUCAAACAUACUCCGCUGAAGUGGUGACAUUGGGGUACCGACCCCCUGAUGUGCUGUUAGGAGCCACUGACUAUUCUGCUGAUGUGGAUAUCUGGGGUGCAGGCUGCAUAUUUGCUGAGAUGCUUCAGGGUCAGCCUCUGUUUCCAGGGGUUUGCAACACCUUUGAACAGUUGGAGAAGAUCUGGGUGGUACUGGAAGUCCCAACCGAAGGAACGUGGCCAGGGGUUUCCAAGCUUCCCCUUUAUAAGCCAGAGAGGUUCUUCGCCAGCAACCCUCGGAGGCUCGGAAUGAUCUGUGACAGGCUAGGCAGAGAAUCUGAAGCUGAAGACUUGGCAACAAGAAUGCUAAAACUUUGUCCACGAGACAGGAUCUCAGCACAGAAAGCACGUCUUCAUCCCUUUUUCAACUCUUUACCCUCUCAGGUGCACCAGCUUUCUGAUGCACAGUCCAUCUUCACGGUUCCCGGAGUGAAGCUGAAACCAGAAAUGUGUGAUCUCUUUGCUCCGUACGAGAAGGGUCACCACAAAAUCAGCUCUAGCAAGUUUUGGUGAAAAGAACAAACGAAGUGUGGACUUCUUUUCUGGGGCAAGGAAGUCGAUGGAUGCAGUUCGUUGUCGCUAUUUGAGACAUCCGCUGAUAUAUCCUCAAUAUUUUAAAGAGUCUGGGCUUGCCAUUAAAACUAAGAAAUGACCAUAGAAAGUAGGAGCAGACUGUAUUAUAGGCAUAAGUAAAAGGAGCAAAAUAUUCACACACACACCCCUUUUAGGUUUCAGGAUUAAGUGCAACUAUCAAUAUGCCCUGGGACCAUUUGAUUAAGGGUGGGCUA